AUGAAUUACAUUACUUCGUUAUUGUUGCUCUCAAGUAAUACUUUCUUACAUCCAACAACAACCUACUUACAAUCCAUGAAUGAUUCAAUUGUUCUUGUGACAUCUUCAGUCUCCACAGAAUUGACAACACUUGGUUAUGAUCCCAUAUCAACAAUUUCUGGAGUUAACGGCACAAACAAUAUCGACUAUAUAAAGUUGUUAAACGAUACUAAUUCCACGUUUGUUCAAUUGGAUAAUUCCGAUACAGAUAUCGACGAUAGCUCAUCCAAUUCUGAAGAUGUCUCUUCCAAUGAUGAGCAAAUAGCACUAAUGAAUUCUUCCAGUGAUUUUUCUGAUGAAAGUGACGAGGGCAAUGAUAGUGACGACAAUGGUGAUGAAGUUGAAAAUAUGGAAAACAAUCAAGCUAACGAGAGCGAUACUCAAAAUGAAAAUGAUAGAGUGUUAAAUUAUGAUACUAGUAGUAGCGAAAAUGAGAAUGAAAAUGAAAAUGAAAAUGAAAACCAGUUGGAACAGGAACAUCAACACUAUUAUUAUAAAAAUAGACUGAAGUUCUAUAAUCAUUUUUUACGUUAUCCAGAAGUGGUAAUAAACAACAAUGACGAUAGAGCUGAGCUAGCAUCGACGAAGAAUAAUCUAUUAGUCAGACUGCCAAAACUGAACAACAGAAGAUUAAUUGGAAGUUCAAGAAAGAAAACCCUCAAAUCCAAAUCCAAAUCCAAAUCAUCCAAGUUGAAGCAUAAAUCUAGAAAAUCACAUAAAAGAAGACCUAAGCUUCUCAAAUCAAAAGAUGUCGAAACAAAUGAGAUCACCACAGUUGAAGUGAUCACAUUAACUAUCACAAAAGUACUAGCUAGACACGAUUUGGCAGCAAUAGUAACGCCAAUUCAACAACAUCAAAGUGGCCACUUGAUUAUUGGUUACCCAUUACCCAUAGCAACUAAAAGUAGACUCCAUGGCUAUUAUAAAUCUAGUGGUGUUUUAAAGGAAGUUGAUGCAAAUCCGACAGAAGAAUAUGAUUCUGGUGAUGGAAAGGAAAAUACACAACAAAAUCCAAUUCCAGAAAAGAUGAGGCUUCCAACAAAUGAUGAUCCUUAUUCUCUUAAGCCAACACAUCAUUAUGACCCAUCUGCAACAAUGCAAAACCCCCACAAACAGUUUACCAAUAGGACUGGGAAUUUUGAAAUACCAACAAAUGUACAAGAUAUUGAUGACAUUACCUUCCCUAUUGAUUUAUCCAGUCUGGAUUCCACACUGAAUUUGUAUUCAAUACUACCAAUGAAUCAAACUAAUCUACCAGAUGUUAACACACUAUCACUAGCACCAGGAACUGGAUCCGUGCCUCCUCGUUAUUCUAAUCAUCAUAGUGAAUUCACCGUUGAAAGACCACCACGACCAAGUCGAACUAAAAAAAGACCUCGUAUUAAAGCUAAGAAGACUAUGAAAGUGUCAACACAAAUAUCUUCUGCUAUGUCAAAAUCAAUCCAUAUCACUAGAAUUGGAAGCACAUCAUCGGGCAUUGCUUCUGGUAUUACAAAUAUAGUAAUCCCUAAUUCAAGCUCCUCGAUCUAUGACAACUAUCAAGAUAGUAGUUCUGAUAAACAACCAGUAUCUUUGUCGAUGCCAACAAAGACCAUAACCAUGACAACUGAUACCACUUCUGAACCUGUCACAAUCACAGAAAAGUUAGAUAAACCAAAAUUUCCUGAUAUUUUCACUAUAAUAAGGAGCAAACUUUUGAGCAAAAAACCACAAGAAACCAAAUUACAUUCACCAACUUCAACUGAUACAAAGUCCUCCAAGUUGAUGUCUAGCAGUAGCAGUAAUAACAAUAAACCGGAGAUUAGCAAAACGACAAAAGAAUACAAUCAAACUCAGGAAAGCACACUGUACAACACCACAAAGGCAGUUCCUAAAACCAGUGUCGUAUCAUCAACAACAUCUACUAAGCCAAACGACCAAGGCAAUAAUAUUUUAAACUCAUUUAUACAGUUCACAGAAACAAUACACUCUCGAAUUCGGUUCCCAACUGCUGAUGACAAUAAUAAUAAUGCUGGUAAUAAUUAUCAUCGUCGAUUUACUGGGGUUGUAUUGCCAGAAAAUCGACAAUUUGUAUUCCGAUCAGCUUCACAAAACCUAUCAUUUUCGGUGUUAGGAUUAAUUAUUUUGUUGUUACUAUUACCUGGACUAUUGAUAAUUAUUAUGUAG